CCCGACGGCGGGUGGGGCUGGGCGGUGGUGGCUGCCUCCUUCGCGGCACACGUCAUAGCGGACGGAUGCGGCUUCACUUUCGGAGUUUUAUUUGGUCAAUUGCUGGAAGUAUUCGGCGAAACUAAAGGAACGACAGCUUGGAUCGGAUCGCUGUUCGUUUCGGUUCCGGCCAUCUGCGGUCCAAUCGCUAGUGUGGUGGCCAACACUUAUGGCUGCCGUGUUACGACGAUGGUCGGAGGGUUGGUGGCUGCGCUAGGCUGCUUUGCGGCUUCCUAUGCCAACAGUGUAUCGGAGUUGUGCUUCAGUUUCGGUAUUGUGUCGGGGUUUGGUCUGUCCAUGGUCUUUGUGCCUGCUGUCGUCAUUGUGGCUUAUUAUUUUGAGAAAAAGAGGGCGUUCGCAACAGGUUUGGCCGUGGCAGGGUCGGGCAUAGGGACGUCCAUCUUUGCCCCCCUGACGGAAUUCCUCAUCGAAAAGUACCACUGGCGAGGUACGUUCAUGAUUCUUUCGGGAAUCAUCCUCAACACCGUGGUCUGCGGUGCGAUUUUCCGGCCAUCCCUACUUGAAAGUAAUAACUUAGCGCGAUCAAAAAGCAAAAAACUAAUAAAAAAUACAACUGCUAAAAAAUCUUCUGCCCCAAAAAUGCAACAGACGGCCACAAAUGAUAACGCUGAUGCCGAUGGCAUUGAAACCUCUAACAAAAAUGACGUCCUAGAUGUAGGAGGCCCUGUUAAAUUAAAUGAAAACAACAACAACUACCACAGCAACAACAACAAAAACAGCAACAACAUCAAUACUCACAACAACUUCAAUACCAAUAAAAGCAAUUUGCCCAUCGGCAUCAACAGUAACAACAACAUACAAAACAGCCGCAACAACAACAAUAACAACAACAACAACAUACACAACAACAACAUACACAACAACAACAACAACAAUAUACACAACACUAACAACAACAUACACAACAACAACAAUAUACACAACACCAACAACAACAACAUUCACAACAACAGCUCGUCCAAUAAGCGGAGUAACAACUCUAAUGAAAUCUCUGAAAACAAAUGCACAAGUCUGCUUGACUCCAAGAAGGCGAUCGUACAGACGGCAAGAGAACUAAUUGAUCUAAGUGUAUUCAAGAGCCCCGUUUUCACGUUUUUCAACUUGCACACCGUCCUACUCUACCUGAGCUAUGACAUCCCGUACAUUUACGGACCGGUCAGGGCAACUGACCACAACAUGUCAGACAGGAAUGCAUCCUACCUUGUCUCCAUCAUUGGUCUAUUCAGUAUGAUAGGUCAAAUAUUUAUGGGAUACCUCGGUGACCUGUCCUGCUUGAACGUGACCACCUUCUACAACGUAAUGACAGCCGUGGCGGGCCUCAUGAUCCUCUUCAUCCCACUGGUCACCACCUUCCUUCCAAUGGCCAUUCUCUACGCCGGCUACGGAUUUUUCAUCAGCGCCAACUUCGCACUGACCACGGUCAUCCUUGUGGAGCUGCUGGGCAUGGAUCGACUGACCAAUGCCUUUGGUAUUGUGUCACUUGCUCAAGGGAUUGCCAACUUGUUUGGACCUCCUUUGGCAGGCUGGUUAUCUGACGCCACUUCCUCUUACAACCUGGCCUUCUACGGAGCAGGGGCCAUCAUCCUCAUCAGCGGACUCAUGCUCUUCCUCACUCCAUGCUUCGAAACGUGCGACAAAAACAAAGAGAAAAAAACCGUACGUCCCAAAAAUGACCAGAAAGACAAACCACAGCAAGUGGCGGCUACAGAAUCGUCGCUACCGCCGCCACACAGCGCUUUUUUCUCGAGACACGAAAUCAUCGACAUGACAGUGAUGACUACGCCGAACUCUCAGCAAUCGACUGCUGCGCACGGUCUGAAGAAAUUUAAAAGUAAGCUGAUAAGAAAGUGGAGACUUAAGAAGUUAGUUAAGCCAUCGAAGAAUAUUUCAUCCCCAGCUCAUCCUCCUCCACCUCCUCCUGAAAUUUUCGUCACGGAAGCCUAG